GGUGCAUUCUUGGAAGAUAGUUUAAACCAAUAUAUAAACAUAACAUUAGACAUGACAAGCUUCUCAAAGCGUGGUAAAGCUAUUGUAGAAAUUCCAUUAAAAUUUAUGUUUAACUACAAUGCAGGAUAUCUAAUUAACCUAUACACAUCCUUUAAAAAAGUUAUAGCUUCAUCUAACAACUGGUACCCAAUAAUCAAAAUGGAUAAAAAUGCUUUAAAAGAAAGCUAUAGCCGCGGAAUAUGUUGGGAUCAAUCAGAAUCUUGGAUUUAUGCUUGCGUAAACUUAUACGUAACAACCCAACAGACAGCAUGUUAUGUUUCAAUUGAUUAUGGAAUGGAAUGGUCGGAACUAGACAAUAGCGUUGGAUCUGUUCUUGGUCAUCAUUUAUUAACAAGAGAUUUGUAUGUUAUACAUCGAAAUCAAAAAACUUACUUGAUGUAUCACAAAAUAUAUAAAAAGUGGUUGGCGAUUCCUACCAACGAGUUUGAAAAAAAUGUAUCUAACAACUUAAACUUCUCUUUAUGUUUGAAGUUGGAAGGAACUAAUGAGCAGAUCUUAACAAUUCAAACUCAACAAUGGAUGGGAAACGAAGAAGGUUUAUUUUUCCGAAAAUCUAAAAGCGAUACUUGGACUCGUCGACUUGAGUGGAGAAAAUUCCUAUAAACAAAAAAAAAAGUUUUUUUUGCGAAAGUUUUAGUUCAUUUCACUUAAA